UUAGCUAUUGCCUGCCACUGUGUUGCAAGCAGCAGGUGAAAUGGCCACUCCUGCUGUUUCAUGUAAUUGCGGUGAACAGCCAAGGUCACCACACUUUUCAGUGCCUGUAGGAGCUGGCGGGUGGCCUGACAUGGAGAAGGCUGGCCCCAUUGAAUUGCCUCUGCUAAAUAAGUGUGUAACAGCUGCAGCCCACAUUGCGAGUUACCUGAAAAGUGCAGCUGAGAUGUGAAACUUUGAACAGAGUUCUUUGAUCAUUUGAGAAAAUGAGCAACAAGAUUUUCAGGACUGGACCCAAGUGCGGAGGAAUGGCAGGCUCUCUCUAUCACGAUGGUCACUCACAGGACUGGACCCAAGUGCGGAGAAAUGGCAGGCUCUCUCUAUCACGAUGGUCGCUCACAGAACUGGACACAAGUGCGGAGGAAUGGCAGGCUCUCUCUAUCACGAUGGUCACUCACAGGACUGGACCCAAGUGCGGAGAAAUGGCAGGCUCUCUCUAUCACGAUGGUCGCUCACAGAACUGGACACAAGUGCGGAGGAAUGGCAGGCUCUCUCUCUAUCACGAUGGUCACUCACAGGACUGGACCCAAGUGCGGAGGAAUGGCAGACUCUCUCUGUCACGAUGGUCACUCACAGGACUGGACCCAAGUGCAGAGGAAUGGCAGGCUCUCUCUAUCACGAUGGUCACUCACAGGACUGGACCCAAGUGCGGAGGAAUGGCAGACUCUCUCUAUCACGAUGGUCACUCACAGGACUGGACCCAAGUGCGGAGGAAUGGCAGGCUCUCUCUAUCACGAUGGUCAUUCACAGGACUGGACCCAAGUGCGGAGGAAUGGCAGACUCUCUCUAUCACGAUGGUCACUCACAGGACUGGACCCAAGUCCGGAGGAAUGGCAGACUCUCUCUAUCACGAUGGUCACUCACAGGACUGGACCCAAGUGCGGAGGAAUGGCAGACUCUCUCUAUCACUAUGGUCACUCACAGGACUGGACCCAAGUGCGGAGGAAUGGCAGGCUCUCUCUAUCACGAUGGUCACUCACAGGACUGGACCCAAGUGCGGAGGAAUGGCAGACUCUCUCUCUCAUGAUGGUCACUCACAGGACUGGACCCAAGUGCGGAGGAAUGGCAGGCUCUCUCUAUCACGAUGGUCACUCACAGGACUGGACCCAAGUGCGGAGGAAUGGCAGGCUCUCUCUAUCACGAUGGUCACUCACAGGACUGGACCCAAGUGCGGAGGAAUGGCAGGCUCUCUCUAUCACGAUGGUCACUCACAGGACUGGACCCAAGUGCGGAGGAAUGGCAGGCUCUCUCUAUCACGAUGGUCGCUCGCAGGGUUAAACUCAGGAGCGGAAAAGCGGCAGAAUCCCCAUGGAGAGAGAGAAGCGAGGGGCUAGGCGUAGGAAUACGAGCAGAGCCUCGUAGGGAUAAUUGAGUAACACCGCAAGAUAAAUCAUUCUCUAUAAUACAUUUAGUAAAGACCGCAGAAGACUAACUUGAGAGACCCAGAAGACCAAUGUUCUACAGUAAGCUGCAGAGGCCUGCAGGGUUCAUGACACUUUCAAAGAUAACAUAUGGAUUACUCUGUUAUUUUGUGCUUUUCAGCAUAUUUAUUGUUACAAUUAUUAUUUAAUCAUGUAUACUGCUUAUUCUGCAAACUCCGCAUGAGCAAGGAAAUCCAUUGUACCCUGCCUUCUAUGACAAUAUACUGAUCUGAAUCCAAUGACUUGUUCUUGCUAACAAUAACAUAAUUCUUUUCCACACAAGUAGGUUAAGUAAAAGAGACUUGGUAUUUAGAGCUUUUUGUGUUGGAAGAUGAUGAGAUAGUGCAGCGGGAAGGAGGAUAGGGAGGUGGGAGACAUUCAGCAGCCACUUGUAUCACCUGCAGUCCUGGUUAUCACUCACGGUAAAUUGAUUCUUAAAAUCACUGUAUAAUCACAGACAGAAGCCUACUGGAAAAUAAUCACUCCCCAAAUGAUUGGAAAGUUUGAUAAACAAGUCUACUAUUUGAUAAGAGCUGUUCACGGCACUUAUCAAGCAGUAGAUCAAUAAGGCUCAAGCCAUGACUCCACCAACAGAGAAGGAAAACACUUACGGGAUGCAUCAUCACUGCCAAUGUGGUUUCACUCCAAUUUCCAGUCUUGUGAGUGCACUCACAAAGCAGUAAAUUGCAGUGCCUCACCAUAAUCUUAAGUCUGAUUUUCUAUGAUGUUCCUGGUGCAGUAAAAGGUCUGGUUUAGAAAAUGCUUUCUGUGCUCCAGAGCCUCGUACAAUAUUUUAAGAAAGCAAACAUGCCCCUGUACACGUGGAACACAAUAUAUAUCUGCCAGCUACUCGCAUUUUGCUGACGAAUAUUGUUCCAGUGUCUGUUAAAGGGACUCAUGAGAACCUUUAAGUGCUCAAAAAUCUUAACAGCUUCAAAUCUUUCCACUUGACCGCUUCUGCACACUUCCAGAGUUCAGGAUCACAUCAACUGUUAUGCAGAAGUUUAAUUCAUUUCUCAGCUCAUGAGAGCAUUUGGGGCUGGAAUUGUUUCCUGUUAUGCAAACUGUGGUUCAUAAGCUUCAACAUAACUUAAAUGGAUUUCUUUUUUUUUUAAAUUACCCUGUGGAAUCCAGUUUUGAUCCUGUCUGUUCUAUCUGGAGUGGCCAAAUCAGUAACAAAUUUCUUUUUGCUGGGCCAACAGAUAUUAAGACCUAAAGUUUGCAAGUACUAAUAAAAGAUAGAAAAAUUUGGAUUGUUACAAAAGAUACAAAUUCAUCUGUAGUCACACACAUUACAUGACGUACCCUCAGAGGUGUGUUAUAUUCCUGUUUGAAUACUCUAUUCCAUUGAUGUAAGUAUCUAUAUAUCUGAACUUUGGAAGCAGGGAUCCAUGUGAAUAAAUAAUA